AUGACGUUAACGUUCUCAUCGAAGAAGCGUCGAUAUUCCGUCUACGAUGUCCUGAUCGACACCUCAGUGGACAGCCAACUUUAUAUGGAGAAAAAUAAUAACAACAAUAAGUUUAUAGGUAAGUUAUUUCCUAUUUCCUAUAUUUUCGUUGCUCAUUCAAGUCUCUAUCGUUUUUAUCCAAUUUUCCUUAUCAACUGAGC